UAUCCCUGCUCCUCCUUCUCCUUCUCUUCCACACGCCAUCAGAGUCUAGGAGGUUACAGGGAGCUGGAUAGUUUGAUCCUUGUUGAAAGGAGAAGUAUAGUGAGACAAACCCUAGGGUGAAGACGGAAUCCCAUCCCAUACAAUUUACUGUGUUUUGUGGAACAUUCAUCUAUAAAGAAUGAAGCUAUCGGCCUUUCCCAUCCCAGCAAUUGCCGUUAUUUUGUGUUAUAUUUGGAUAAUGCCCACUCAGUGCUGCAAUAAAGCUCUCUGCGCAAGUGAUGUCAGCAAAUGCUUAAUACAGGAGCUCUGCCAAUGUCGACCUACAGAUGGGAACUGUUCAUGUUGUAAAGAAUGUAUGAUGUGUCUGGGCACCCUCUGGGACGAGUGUUGUGACUGUGUUGGAAUGUGCAAUCCCCGGAACUAUAGUGACACUCCUCCAACCUCCAAGAGUACCGUUGAGGAACUCCAUGAGCCUAUUCCAUCUCUCUUCCGAGCACUAACUGAAGGAGAAAGCCUGAAUCAGCUCAACUGGAACAUUGUUUCAUUUCCUGUGGUAGAAGAACUUUCACAUCAUGAAAACCUUGUAUCCUUCCUUGACUCUGUAAAUCAGCAGCAACACCAGAAUGUGUCUCUACCUCAAAAUGGAGUCCACGUCUCACACUCGAGUGAAAAAGAGCACAUGUGCACCGUCGUAUACUUUGAUGACUGUAUGUCUAUCCAUCAGUGCAAAGUUUCCUGUGAAUCAAUGGGUGCAUCAAAAUAUCGGUGGUUUCACAACGCAUGUUGUGAGUGUGUUGGUCCGGAGUGCAUUGAUUAUGGCAGCAAAACAGUGAAAUGUAUGAACUGCAUGUUCUGAGAGCAUAGUCUCCAGGCUGUUUACUGCCUGCUAUAUAGAACUCUAUUCCUGCCACUAAGAUAUAUGAUCUGCAUUAAAUAAGACUAGAACAUGAUGCUGUAUUCUUCGGCAAUGAAGAUGGAAAUGAGGAAUAUGCGCUACAUAAAAUGGAGCAUCCAAUUUUUUGGUAACGAUAUUGUAUUGUUGUUUUUAUACUCUACAUUUUUGUAAAUGUUUUAGAUUGCUGUGUACCAUUUCUGAUUCACAGACUGUAUUUUUUAUAAACCAUGUAAAAUUACAUUUUAUUAUAUAGUUUACAGUUUCAUUACCAUUUUUUAAAUGUCUUUACAUUUGGGAAAUCAAAGUUUCUGUAACAGAAAAAUGAUGGUACCUGAAUAUUGACCUUCAAGACUUAAAGGGAAACUGACAGCAGUGUCUCUAGCAAUUACUGGCUGGUACAGGGUAAUAGGGCUGAUGAUGAUCAGCAUCAACCGCAACUGCUUGUACCAGCAUGUUAGUGUGGGUGACGUUACUGUCAGUUUCCCUUUAAUUUGCAUUUGUUUCUUGCAUUUUUUUUUAAUUGUUAAGACAAAGGCAUUGUUUACUGGGAAAAAUAUGUAUAUUUCUUCUUACCUUUUUUUUUUUUCUCUACUUUUGGAAUAUUUAAUUUUUUAAUUAGUUGCACUUUUGGUCAAUACUUCAAAAAUGUUCCAUAAAUCAGUUUUGCUUACUUUUUUUUGUAUGACAUGCCUUGUGUUUUUUUUUUUUUUUAUACUUAAUUUAUCUAUUUUGGUAGAUCAUAAACAACAUAAUGGUAUAAUAUAGCCUGAAACAAAUUAGGCCUAGCUUCCAUUUUGAUACCAACACUAGAAAACAGAUCACCUUUUCUUAUCUGCAGUAUAACUCAUAAACUUCUGACCAUGUCCUGCAUUCCUUGAGGUACAUAUGUAAGUUCUUUACACUGUAAAUAAGCCUAUGUGAACAAUACAUUUUAUAUUUACCAGCACACAAGUAUAGCACAUUUACAUAUUCAGGAGAUAUUCCAGGGAGAGUUCAAAAUGUACUAUUGAGGACGCAUAAAGUACGUGAUGAUUUAUAUAAUCAAUGUAAAAUGUAUUCAGUACAGUAUAACUUUCCUUCAAAAGGCAUGAUUACUACCGUAUUGCCCACUAGAAACUGCAUACAAAUUAUGAAAGACUACACAACAAUUUUAUUUUUUCAUGAUCUGGUUUAUAGGAAAACUGUCCAUUUGCUCCUCCCACAUUAACCAGCGGUACUGGCUGAUGGUGUGGGGGACGCUGAUCAGUUUGAUACUUACUGUGCCCUGAUCCGGCUGUUCAAUAUCUUCGUUUUUCCGUAUAUGCUAAUGAAGUGCUAACUGGCACAGGCACUCUGUUGUCACUACCGCCGGCGGCAGCGCCACCAAGCUCAUCAAUAUUCCUCCCUGCUUUCCGCCUCUCCCUCUUCUCCCCGCUCUGUAAUGAAGAGGGAGAGGGAGGAAUGUUGAUGAGCUGGGCGGUGCUGUGGCCGGUGGCAGUGAUGUCAGAGUGCCAGUUACCCCACCUGUGCCAGUUAGCACUUCAUUAGCAUAUAGGGGAAAACGAAGAUAUCGUCCGAACGGCCAUGCGGAUCUGGGCACAGUAAGCAUCAAACUGGUCAGCGUCUUCCGUACUAUCAGCCGAUACCGCUGGUUAGUGCUGGGGGAGCGAGCUGCAGUUUUCCUUUAACUUUCUUGUUUUGGUUCCAAAAUUAAGUAAUAUGGUCCGGUUAGUAUUUUUUUAAAUAAUAUUUAUGAAAUGGAAUUAUAUGUUAAAGGGGUAUUAUGACAUUAUAUGAAAACUUAAUAUAUUGCUGGGGCUUUAUGUAGGAAAAAAAAACUAUACUUGCCUUAUAAUGGUCCCUACAGCUCCUUCUGGUCCCCUGAUGCUUCAGUUUUCUCUCUACUUCCAUGGCGAGUGCUCGGAGCUCGCUAGUGAUUAUGUGAGUAGAUCUGGUACCAAGCUCUUGUCUUUAAACAAGAAGACCGAAGCAUAGCAGGAUUGGAAGGAGCCAAAUUGGAGUUGAAGGGGAUCGGGGGUAGAUAAGUGUAAUAUAUAUUUCGUGAAUGGGGGGGGGGGGGGGCAGGGAGAAGUGAUCCCUAAGCUGUUCCUAGAAACACUCUCCCUGCCUAUUUGCCCAUCCGCCCUAAACAUCAGCAACUUGGAGCCAGUCCCUUCCUGCCCUAAAGUGCAAUGGCAUCAAGGUCAACAAAACAAUUGGAACUGUACAUAGUCUGGGACAAGUCAGGAACAAACAGGAAUACAAUGACUAGAAUGGAUAUCUAAAUACUAACAAGGCAGGAUGUAGCAUACUAACAAAGCUGGGCAGGAAAUCAAGAGCACUGUUCACACUGGACAAAGAACACACUAGGCUACAAACAGAUACAAGUUCACUGGACACAGAUCAGUGUUAAAGUACAGAGGACAUUAUAGACCAAUGAUCGUGUACACUAUGAUCAUGUACUAAAAAUACUAAAGAUCAGUAAUCAUGAACACAUUAGACGCCACACUCCAAACAUUGAGGGACAUCAAUACCAAAGCCAAAUAGACUCCUAGCCAGCAGACAUUCUCCAUCGAGUGAUCAGGAUACUGGCCUAGAAAGAAACAGAAAUGCUAAAUACAAGUAAACACGGGUACAGGCACAAGACUAAACUCACUCCUAGAUAGACAGAUAGCACAGGGCUCAGGAAUUUUAACCUAGGCGUAGCAGGAUAUAACAUGGUCAAAAUAGGACUGACAAAACACACAGUGUGAAUACAGACUAAGGCAAAACAAACCAAAUGCAGGACAAGCAUAUAGAAAUACUAAAACCGAACAAAUGUACUAAAACCAAGCAGGAUAAAAUCUAGAUCUCAAACAGGACAGGUAACCAUGGUAAAAACUCGGGAAAUAUAUUCUAACAGACAAAACAUAACUAAGGUGCAUAAUAAAACCGACAUGGUCAGAGUAAAGCUCAAUUACCACCCCAGAGUUCCAGCAGAGCUCUGGUUUUAAUACCACAUCCGAGCUGCAAUAGGCUGAGAGCAUUCAUUCUUCCAACACAAGGAACAAUUAGCACAGAAACUGUUCAGACAAAAAACAAAAAAAAAAAGUCUGAACAAGACCUAAAACAGAAAAAUGCAAAACCACAGAAAUGGACAUUACAAUAUAUUUAUACAUAUAUAUUUUUUCUAUUUCUAAUAUAUAAAAUUUUUUGUAAAAUGUCAGAAUAUCCCUUUAACAAAUAUGAUUAUCAGAAUAUGUCAUAAAGUAUUUUACCUCCUUUAAUGGAAUAAUAGUUUACAGGGUCCUAAGGUUGUAAUUAUAGGUGAGCAAAAUUCAAAAAUUUUUAAUCUGGUUCAAUUUAAUCAAAUUUUCUUUUUUGAACGGAAUUUGAUCUGAAUACAUUUGGUCCAAUUUGAAAGUGUCAGAAUUGCCCUGAAAAGUCUUGAGUAUGAUUACUAGGUUUUUGGAGGUGAGAUGUUGAUGGAUUUAUUUGGAUUGCCAUAUUUGGACUCAGAAAAGUAUUUUUUUCCUAGUAUGGGAAAACUGGUAUCUGCUUCAAAAGUGUUUUUGCCUUCCCUGCAUCAACACAGUAGGGUUAUAGUUUUAACCUUUUGGGGGGCCAGAUGAACACACUUUUUUUUUUUUACAUAUAGUAUCUAAAGAAGCAAUGGCUUUUUAACAAGUGGUCAAAAACUGUAGUGGGUUCACAUAUAUAUCGUAAAAUCUUUUUGUUUUAUCCCAUCAAAGGUACAGAAAGACAGAAUUAAAAUUAUAAUUCUCACAAUGGAGACCAACAGCUCCAAGUGGCCCUCACUGACUAAAGUCCCUUUUACAAAGGCCGACAGCUUCAAAAUAACAAGAACUGAUUAUUGGAAACCAGAGUUAGUAUGAAUGCUUAUUUAGCUGAUAGUUUGCCUGUGUAAAAGGGCUUUUAUUUUGGGGUCUGUUGGGUUCCACUGAUGUGUUCAUCAUGUUGCCACAGAAUAUAGAGCUGUAUGAAUAAAUUUCUUUCAUCAAAUGUGAAUCUAUGUCAAAGCCUCCAAUGCAGAUGUGAUCAGAGUCUUACUGCCUUACGUGCACUGAUUGGGUCUGGACAGUUCAAUGCCAUGUGUACUACCUGUACAUCUGUACUACAAUGUAUCUGUACUACAUAUACUGCACUGUCUUCUACUACCUACUAUGCAAAAUUUCCUGUGUUUUACUCUAUCUGUACUAUGUGUUAUGUUAAAUCUCUUAUUUCCAAUUGCAAAUAUACUCCCCCCCCCC